AUGCCUGGCACAGCUGCAGUGUGCCUAGCAGUCUUCCGAGAAUACCAACAGUUGCUCCACAAAGUCCGAAGACCAAUUGUGUCUGCUGCUGUUGAGGCAAUGGAACCCGUUAAGAACUUUAGCCGGACACCAGAAUUGAAGCCUCAGCAAGAAGGAAGGGCUAUGGAGAAGGAAGGGAAGGAUUGCAGCGCUCUAAGUGACUUAUGGGAAAGGUAUGAUACACAGAGAGACAUUCUUGAGCGGCACCUGCAGGACAGCAAAUCCAGGCUCACGUCUGACUUUCCUAGUGGAAGGGAAAGGAGCAGUGCUUGCCUGCAGGGUGAGCUGGCAGAGCUGCAGGUCUUCAGAGCGGACACUGAUGCUCGCUGGGAUGAGCUUGAAGCCACUUCACUGACUCUAGAAAGUCUGGUGAGCGACAUGGAGAAGCCCGCACUAGCCCAGGCCAGAGACUUAUUAAAGGAAAAAGAACACGAACUUCAGAAGCUUCUGAACACCAGAAUGGAGUCACUGGAGAUGGCCCUGCAGAUCGUAUUGCCCCUGGAAAAGGAGUGUGCUCUCCUUUGCGGUCCCCAUCUGCCCUUCCGCACAGUGACUGUACAGGACCUGCAUCCCGUGAAGGUUGAUGGCAUCUAUCAGAAUCUGCAGGAUAUCCGAGAUUCCAUAGCGAAGCAGAUCGGACUGUGUGCCAACUUAGAGGAGCCACGUGACUCAGUCCCAAUGGAUUUACACACUCUCGAUCAGCGUGCAAUUCAGGACAUUGUGCCGAAAUGCAGACUCCAGCUGGAGACCAUGAACCAGAAAGUAGAGAUGAGUGAAGAUGCCCUGAAGGCUCUGGAGGAUUUUUUAGCUUCUCUGAGAGCAGCGAAGCUCCCUGAAGACCCUCCUGCCGCGAAUGCAGCAGAGGGUACUCUGGCAGUGGGAACUGUGGAGGAAGACAUCCUCCUGCUGAAAGAGAAGGCCAGGCCUUUGGAUGAACGCUUGAGGAUGCUUGGCAUAAACAUCAAAGAUGCCGAGGGAGGGGAGUUUACCACCUGUGAGGAGCUUCUUGGUGCUUUGUCAGUAAAGGUCUCAGACUCGCAGGGCCAGAGUAAACAGGAGGGGCUCACCAAGGACAAGACCUUAUUGGAGGCUUGUAGUUCCAGAAAUUAUGAGCUCUUUAAAAAUAUUCAAGACAUCCAGAAUCAGAUCAGUAAAAUCGGUCUUAAGGAUCCCACCGCGCCAGCUGUGAAACAUCGGUGGAUGAGUAAGGAUGGAGAGCCCCUGAGAAGUGGGUUCCAGGGCGAGCUGGAGGUGAGAAGCCUUGAACAGUGUGGAAGUGUUCUGGAGCUGUUAAAACAGUAUCAGAAUUUUAAAAACAACUUGACAGCAUUGAUUCAAAAAGAAGAGGCCAUCAUCUCCCAGCAGGCUUCCUACAUGGGCAGGGACAACCUGAAGAAGAAGGUUGCAGAGAUUGAAACUGUCAAAGAAGAAUUCAAUGAACAUUUAGAAGUUGUAGACAAGAUAAAUCAGAUUUGUAAAAAUCUACAAUACCAUCUAAAUAAAAUGAAAACCUUUGAAGAGCCCCCGUUUGAGAAAGAGGCUAAUGCUAUUGUGGACAGAUGGCUGGAUGUCAAUGAGAAGACAGAGGAAUACGGUGAGAAUCUUGGGCGAGCGCUGGCCUUGUGGGACAAACUUUUCAACUUAAAAAACAGCAUCGAUGAGUGGGCUGAGAAGAUCCUUGGGAAGUUGGAGUCACAUCAGCUGACCGAGGAGGACAGAGAAAGGCUGGAGGAAGAGUUAAAAGUCCAUGAGGAGCAAGCUUCAGAAUUUUCCAGAAGAUUGGCUGACAUACAGUUGCUGCUUCAAAGUAACGAGAAGCCACUUGAGCUCCAGGUCAUGGAGUCCUCCGUCCUGAGCAAGAUGAGAGAUGUAAAAAGGUUCAUCACAGGAGACUCCAACAGCUACGUGCCCAGUGGGAACACAGCUGAGCUGAGGGAGGAUCUGGACCAAGCCAAGACCCAGAUGGGGAUGACCGAGUCCCUCCUGAACGCCUUGUCUCCCUCCGACAGCCUGGAGAUCUUCACAAAGCUGGAGGAGAUCCAGCAGCAGAUCCUCCAGCAGAAGCACAGCAUGACAGUGCUUGAGAAUCAAAUCGGGUGUCUCACUCCAGAGCUCUCUGAACUGAAAAGACAGUACGCAAGUGUCAGCGACUUAUUCCACACCAAGAAGAGCGCUCUGCAAGAUCACUUUUCCACGUUCUUGACCGGAUUUCUUGACGCUAGGAGGAGGAACUAGUCAGAUCCAGCAGGUGGAGACUGUCCUACAGCACGUGAAGAUGCUCCUACCCAAAACUCGUGUGAAAGAGCUUAAUAGCUGGCUUGGCAGUCAAGAACUGGAGUU